AUGUCAUUAAGGAAGUCAGCUAUGAAGUAUAAGUAUAAGUAUAAGUAUAAUGUUGAUAGAAUUACACUAAGCCGGUAUGUACAAAAUAAAUACAAAUUAACUAAAUUUGAUGAAACGGGGAGUCAGUACAAAGCUCAGGUAUUUACACUUGAAGAAGAAAAGGUGUUGGUUGAUUAUUUGCUAGAAUGCAGCAAAAUGCAUUAUGGCUUAUCGAAAGUAUCGGCUAUGAAGUUAGCGAGUGACUAUGCUAUAGCAAAUCACAAAAAUAUACCAGAAAGUUGGAUCAAAAAUAAAUCUACUGGCAAAGAUUGGUUUCGAGGAUUUCUUAAAAGAAAUACACAACUAAGCUUAAGAACACCAGAAGCGACCAGUCUUUCUAGGGCCACUAGUUUUAAUAGAAAGAACGUACAAGAUUUUUUUGAUAAUUUAAGAGAGGUAAUCGAAAAUUAUAAUUUUGAACCACAGAAUAUUUACAGCUGUGAUGAAACCGGAUGUACUACGGUGCAGAAGUGUCCCAAAGUAGUUGCUGGUAAGCAGUGUCGUCAAGUUGGUUAA